UUCACUCUUUUUUCUUGCCUUAUCUUUUUCUUCUACCACUAAUAUUCUUCCAUCUUCAAAGAAAGAAUACAAGCUAUGAGUGCUUUCACUUUUUCCUUCACUUCUACGUUAUUACCACACCCCAAAACUCUCCGUUCUCCCAAUCGGACAUCUUCCUUUUCAGUAAACCCUAAAACAUCUUCAUAUACAUCUCCAAAAGCCACAGCAAAAAGUUCAUCAUCUAAACAACAUAAUAAACCCCCAAGAAAACCGUUAUUAGAACCUUCAUUUCCCGAAGUUAUCUUGAAUGCAUGUGACGAUUUCAUCGACACUUUCAUUAAUCCUCCUCGUCAUCCUUCCAUUGAUCCAAAAUAUGUUCUCACUAACAACUUUGCUCCUGUGGACGAACUUCCUCCUACAGAAUGCGAGGUGGUAAAAGGAAGCCUUCCACCGUGUCUUGAUGGCGCUUACAUUAGAAAUGGUUCAAAUACACAAUAUCUUCCUCGUGGACCUUUUCAUCUCUUUGAUGGUGAUGGGAUGCUUCACUCUACUAGAAUUUCUCAAGGUAAAGCCAUAUUUUGUAGCCGUUAUGUCAAAACUUACAAGUACAUGGUAGAAAAAGAAGCGGGGUUUUCAAUCAUUCCUAAUCUCUUCUCCGACUUUAAUAGCCUUAUGGCCUCUGUGAGUCGUGGAGCAGUGUCUAUAGCUCGGACAAAUCUUGGACAAUUCGAUCCAAGCAAUGGUAUUGGCCUUGCUAACACUAGUUUGGCUCUAUUGGGAGGCAAUUUAUUUGCUCUGUAUGAAACUGAUCUUCCUUAUGCUAUAAAAUUAGCCCCAAAUGGUGAUAUCAUAACUAUUGGCCGUCAUGAUUUUGAUGGAAAUCUUUCUACAAAUAUGACAGCACAUCCCAAAAUUGAUCCAAAUACUAGUGAGGCUUUCGCUUUUAGUUCCGGUCCAAUACCUCCAUUUUUAACUUUUUUUAGAAUUGACCCUAACGGGACUAAAAGUCGUGGUGUACCAAUUUUCUCCAUGACACGUCCCUCUUUUGUUCAUGACUUUGCCAUUACAAAAAAUUAUGCCAUAUUUCCCGAUAUACAAAUAGAAAUGAACCCUUUUAAGCCUAUCAUCACCGGUGGCUCACCGGUGGGUUUCAACUCGAGAAAAGUGCCUCGCCUCGGGGUGAUUCCUCGUUACGCGACGAAUGAGUCAGAAAUGAAGUGGUUCGAAGUGCCAGGGUUUAAUAUGGUACAUGCAAUUAAUGCGUGGGAAGAAGACGACGGUGACACAAUAAUAGUGAUUGCUCCAAACUUAAUAUCAGCAGAGCACCUUUCGAAAAUGGAUUUGAUCCAUGCAUCAAUUGAAAAAGUAAAGAUAGACUUGAAGACGGGUACUGUAAGUAGAAAUCCAAUGUCGACGAGGAAUCUUGAGUUGGCAGGUAUCAACCCGACUUAUGUUGGGAAGAAGAACAAGUACAUAUAUGCAGCUAUUGGAGACCCUUGGCCAAAAGCAAAAGGUGUGGUAAAAUUGGACGUAUCCAUAUCAGAAAUUGAACAUCGUGAUUGCAUAGUGGCCACAAGAAUUUUUGGACCAAACUGUUUCUGUAGUGAGCCCUUCUUUGUGGAAAAGGACCCUAACAGUGUAUUUGCCGCCGAUGAAGAUGAUGGCUAUGUGGUGUGUUAUAUGCACAAUGAGAGCACAAGAGAAGCAAGUUUCUUGGUGAUGGAUGCAAAAUCUCAUGAUCUUGAAAUUGUAGCUGUUGUGAAAUUGCCUCGUCGUGUGCCUUAUGGUUUUCAUGGGAUAUUCGUGAAGGAAAGUGAUCUUAACCUGCUGUAGGAUAGAUAGUGCUUGGUAAACUCGAAUAUUUGUGACCCGAGAGGCUCGGGCUUGUUCAGUACAAGUUUGAACUUUAAAAACUCAAGUUCAAACUUUUGUUUGUGUAGCUUGAUUCUUGAGAAGUGUUGGUACUUGAAGCUAAGUUAUAGUUUGUGUACCCUCGUAUCUAAUCAUCAACUAUGUUUCAAUCUAGAGUACAUUGAGAUCCGCUAUAUGAAUUUCAACUAUUCAAAUCA